AUGGAACUGCGGUUCAGAGUAUGUCAGAGUGAGUAUUGACUUUCAUCCAUAUUGUACCUGGUGUUAGGUUCUAAACAGAGAAACUCAAAUGGAUGACUAGGAAAAGCUCAAACCAAGUUUAUUCACCCACUGGGUCAAACAGCUGCAAAAACAAAGACAUGUUUCCAUAAGCACAUAUAUUUAUACCCUCCUACUAGGAGUCACCUCCUUGCACAUCUAGAUAGCCAACACAUCUCUGUUGCUAGUCAGGACCUUAAUUGGUUCCACACACUGGUGUAGUUAUGGCCCCGCCUCCUAUUAGAACCUUCGUGGGCAUGUAAGCAUGUGUGUAACAGGACUGUUCCUCACUUCAUCUGACCUGACCUCGGGCCAAAUUCCUUACUCAUCCCUAAUCCACAGCUGUCCUACCUUAUCAGUGACUAAAAGCAGACUGUUGCCCUUUGCCUCCCGCCAUAGGAUCCACUGAUUAACUUUCCAUACACUUAGUCUUAUCCACCCUCCAUUGACCCCAACAUAUACAUUCAUUAUACAAGUAAUCAAUAAGUUCUAAUAUGGUGACAUGAAUAAGUGUAUUUCAAGCUAGAAUCAACACUGGCAAACAAUGGUUGUCACCAUAAGUGCUUUAUACAUAAAAUCCAGCCAAUGGUUCACUCAUCUAACUGCAGUUAGCAGAAAUCUAAUCCUCCAUUAUCCUUAAUUUGUCAGCUUCAGUGUUUGAGUAAAUUCAUAAUGCAGUUUUAGGAUGAACUACAAUGCUGUGCUGCAACUUGUCAAGACUCCACGCUUUGUCCAAGUCUGAAUAAGCUGCAAGACCAUAGAGCCAUGUGACACCAACCCAUCCUUGUGAGAUUUCAUACUCCGAAUGGGAUUAUUUUGUCUUUUUCCACCCCAGACUCUCUCUGUGUGACCUGGCUGGCUCGGAAAGAUGCGGCAAAACUAAGACAUUUGGGGAGAGGCUGAAGGAAGCAGGGAACAUCAACAACUCUCUGCUCAUCCUGGGGAAAUGCAUCGCUGCCCUGCGCAGCAACCAGAGUGAUGGGUACAGAAGAAGUACCACUGCCAUUGAUUACCAGAAUGACCGUAUAAACACCACUGCCAUUGAUUACCAGAAUGACCGUAUAAACACCACUGCCAUUGAUUACCAGAAUGACCGUAUAAACACCACUGCUAAAAAACCACCUUGACAAAUUUGAUGAAAUGUUGCACACAAACCUGAUUUGUCAGGUAAAUGUAUUGUAUCUACAAGACAAAUAAAAAUACAUGUUUCCAAACCAUGAAUAAAACUGAUUGGAAAGCUGAUAUUUGAGAAACUCACAGGUUGUCGUCCUUUCCUCUUCUCUAUUAGGAUGAAGAACGGCUAUAUUCCCUUCAGGGAGAGCAAACUGACCCGUCUCUUCCAGUCCAUCUUCUGUGGGAAGGGCCGAGCCUCCAUGAUUGUGAACAUCAAUCAGUGUGCAUCCACAUAUGACGAAACUCUCCACGUCAUGAAGUUCUCUGCCAUCGCCAAGCAGGUUGGUCUCUCUCGCCCACCAUGUCAACAUGCCCCUCCAUCUAGGUUUAGAGUUGAGUCUAUGAUUUUCGCACUUGUCUCUAUGGUUGAAAAAUGUAGUGGUCAGUUGCAAUGCCCUUCAUCACCCUAUAGGUGUCACGGUCAACAAUUCCAUUUGUCAAAAUGUCUAGCAAAAGUGCACUUGUUCACUCGCCCUCAUUGAGGAUUAGUGUGAGAAAUAUGGUAGGGGGAGUAAACAAGUGUGACACCCUUCACUAAGAAGUACUAGAAGUGUUUUCUAAAUGGCACCCUAUUCCCUAUAUAGUGCACUAUUUUUGGCCAGAGCCCUAUGGGUACUAAUCUCCUUUGUUGUCCCAGGUGGUCCAACUGAUCCCAACAAAGUCUCUAGAGUCUCUAACCCCGCGGCUGGUGGGGCGCGAUGGGAAGCCUCUGCUGAAGAACGGGGUCAUCGACGACCAGGCUCUAGAGCACUACCUGUCUGAAGAAGAGCUGCUGGAUGAAGAUGAAGCAGACAUGUCCAUUUUACCCCAGGAGGUAUUUGCCAUCCAAAGUCUAAAAGAUUUUGCCAGUGUUCUGCUAUUUCUGAUUUAUUUUAUAGGGACGGAUGCAAUUAAAAUAGUGCAAUUACAUUUAAUGUUAAUUUCCAGAAUCACUGGUGUCUGACUACUUUGAACUACUCCCAUUUUCUAGGAUCUCCUGAAUGUGAUCGAGAAUCUCAGGACCAAGCUCCUGGCUGAGCGACGGAAGAACUUGGUCCAGGAGAUUGACAUCCGCAAGGAGAUGGGAGACGCUAUGCUGCAGCAACUCAUGGAGAGCGAGGAACUCAGGAAGUGAGUGUUCCCCGAGCUUCACAUUGGGCACAAUCACACCUUCCCCCUUUCCACUAUGUUAGUGUUCUCAUGCAAAAUGGCUGCCAUGCAACACCCAUGUCAGUGCUACACAUUGGUGGUGGAUGGGGUGCAUUGUUGCACUAUAGUUUACAAUUAAUUUAAGAUCUAAUGAAUACCAUUCAUGUAGUUUUCACUUCAAUUAUAAUUCACUGUUUGUGCAUUUGCCCACACCCAUAAGCUGUCUUCCAAAUGACAUUAUGAAAGGACAGUGUAAAUGUUGCUCUAGUCGUCAGGUGGCUGAGCUGAAGGAGAGCUACCAGGAGAAGCUGGAGAACACAUUUGAGAUGUACAAGGAUGCCCUAAAGGACCAUGCCUACCAGCGGGCGCUGGAGCGCGUAGAGGAUGAUUACGUACCCCUUGAUGAGUUCAUCGCUGAGCAGGAGAAAGUAGAGGUAUUAGACACUGACUUUAGGUGACUGACAAGGUCCUGCUACAACCACCUGCUCAAAUGGUCAGAUAUUAAUUCUGUCAAUUUAGACCAAUGUGUUCUGUUUCGUAUCAUUUAGGGCCAGAUCUUCCAAGUGUUUGCACCCGUUUUUUAUAUGGUUUAUUUCCUCUGGGAAGUAAAAAACUAGUACUAGGUGCAAAGGGUUGGUAAAUCUGGCCCAUGAACUCAUAAUCCCUUUAGGCACUAGAACAGAAGCUGUCUGAGAUGGAACGGAAGCUGUCAGGUUCCACAGUGGGUUCAUUUAUGGUUCCAACCAAAGAUAACUCGAGCCAGACAGAGAGCAUCUCACCACCACCACCUGUGGCUAUGGAGGAAGGGUUAACGGGUCAGUACACCAUCUCCCUUGCCUCAGUAUUGUAACUAUUAUUUCAUUAACAUAAACUGUCAAUCUGAUUGUGUAAAGUGAGCCUAUAUUCUAUACCAUAAACUUAAACUGCAAAUCACUGUGCGCACAAUAAGCCUAUAUCAAUUUAAAUGACAGGAAAGGCUGGAUAUUAAUAUCUACCUAUUGAUUUCAGAAGUCUCAGCAGGUGAUGUCAUCACAGCUGUUUCCAAAGAUGCAGAGAGAUGCAAACUCCUUUUGAAAGAAAAAAGUGCAGUGGAGAAACUCUGUGAGCAGAAACAAGCGGUAAGGAAACCUGAAGGCAUAACUUAUAGUCAGUGUUUUUAUAAGGGAAAACGGUGUAAUACAUUUUGAAACCCAGGUGUUGGAACUCAAACCUGGCAUGUCUCUUGCUUAUUUCCAGCUGAUUGUGUCUUUGGAAAAAAGGAUAACAGUUCUGAAUGAUGCACUACGUGAGGCCGGAGACUGCUUCUUUGAAAAAACGGCAGAAAUAGAGACUUUACAUAAGAAGCUAGCUGACCAGGUAAAGACUAUGAACCUGUGUGCAUGUACAAAUUAAGCCUAGUUUGUCAGUGGUCACUUAGGAAAACCUGAUGUGCACAGCGUCAUAUCUCUGUUUCUCAGGCACAGGAUCUGGAGAGUAUAGGUAAGGGCAAUCUGGAGAAGGACAAAGAACUGGCGGCGUUAAAAGAAGAGCUGGCCAAGCUAUCCCAGAAGUCCCCUGUCCAGUCCAAGCCCAAGCGUGGUUUCAUGGCCAACAUUAGGCAAUCUGUGACGUCGCCACGAACAAGCACCAUUGCCAGGACACUGAGGAAAUCUGUCAGGACCACACCCUUGCUGAAAAAGCCCUUCCACUAACUACAGUCUUCCCCACGUUUUAAAUGUUUUAGGGCACUAUACAAUCUGUAUCGCUGAAGCGUUACAGAUUGCGUGAUAGAAAUAUAAAGGUAAUUUCCAAUUGAUCCGACAUGAAUGCGGUCUCUGCAACUCGGGAACAUUUCCAUCACAUUAACGCUGAACUUCAGCGAUGCGGAUUGAAAAGCGCUCUUAGUUCUCUGUUUUUCUAACUCUUAAAUAAAAUGUAUAUUGAAUAUUUCUGAUGCAUUUCAUUGGAAGACCAUAUCUGAAAGAAUAUGACCAUUUAUACGGCUUUCAAGUGUAGUUUUAAUUUCUCAUGGAAUGCCUAACAAUACUAAGUACAUUUUGCAGCUCUUUUGCUAUGUUUAAAGUUGGUUCGUCAAAGUGGAGAAAGCUGGACAUCUCUUUGACAUUCAGGUGUCAUACAAAUGGUAUUUAGUCACAAGUUCUCUUCCUCCAGUACCUUUGCUCCAGGGCCUUGCACAGACCUUUUGGGGGGCAUGUGCUCAAACUUAAAGGGCAACCCAAUUUUUUUUUUUUUUUUUUUUUUUUUACUGCAGUCAUACUUGUUGAGCAAUUACAAGGGGGAAAGCAGCACAAUCUGAGUGAAGUAUUAUGCACAACUCGUAAGUCACCUUGUCCUAGAGACAUGGUUAUCAAAACGUCACGCCAGGGUAAGCCUACACGAAACAGCCCUUAUUUUAAGUGUUUCUAAAACCACCCAUGUUGAAACAAUUUCCCUGUUUGAUCACUAGGUUUUAUGGGUAUUAUGACUCAUACUGUGGUACUCUAUUGAAGAUUCUAAUAAAUACUGUAGCCUACCAUUACUAUAUUCAACUCCAUUUGUUGCCACUAUCAUGUAUCCCAGUGGUUUUUGAUCAGUGACCCACAGCCUACAACAUUAUUUAUAUUAUUAAAGCCAUAAAUGGUGAUGCAUUUUCAAAACGCAAGAUGGGCUACAGAACUGUCCUGCCUCCCUCCCCCCAGGUGCACGUUUUGGUGUAGCCACUCAAAGGCCUAUAUGAAAAUGAUCACUCAAAUCGCCAGGUAGCCUAUUCUGGCAAAGAUUAGUUGGUAAUAGAUUUGACAUGGAUGAUAAACGUAGACCUGUUUUUGCCAGGCAAAUCUGGAGGAAAUGAAAAAAAAAAAGUUAGGUUUUAGGUCACUAAUCUGGAUCUUUGCACGAUAUUGCUGAUGACUGGUCAUUGGUCAACAAUCAAGACUUGCAACUUUUUGGUCUGAAGCAUAGUGCAUACUGGCUAUCUUUAGGCAAAUACAUUUUGAAGGGAAAUAAGCAGGCAGAAUUGUUUUGUUAUUCAAUAAAAACAAACUUUAGAAUGGGGGCAUUUUGCCCCACUAGCAGGACAAAAUGCCCCCCGGAGAUUAGUGUGGUAAAAUCCAUUUUAUACAUUUUAUUUAGGCAUUUAUGAGAAAUUGAUUCUUAAAAGCUGAAGUCUAGGUUUCUUAUUUUAAAUCAAAAGUGAAACCAAAUGAAACUGCACAUCUCACUAAAUAUCCUCACUGUUAGUUUUGCACUUUCUAUCCAAAUCAUCUUAAAGUAUCUCAAAAUGUAUUGUGUAACUAAAUGAAGUUACUUAUCGAUAAUUUGGACAUGAUUAGGAAAAUGCUAAUAUAGGUGCCAUUGACUUGCAUUGGAUUGCCCUGGGGGCAUUUUGCCUGACUGGUUGGGGUGUGUUUUGCCCCAAACAUACUCACUUUAAGUUUGACUAUUUUAUUAACUGAUUAAAAUGUUUCUCUCUAACCAAGUGGAUUAUUUAUAUUUAGGUUCUCCUAAUGGUGUAUAUAAAACGUUUUUAGAUCUAACUUCAUUAGAUUAUAACUUUUCUAAAUGACAUAUUAGAUCAAAGUACCUCAAAAUCAUUUUGUUGGAGUGACAGUUGAGAUUUUUUAAUUUAGUUGAGCAAGACUAGUGGCAUCCAGGGAAAGUGUAAAAAUACAAUAGGGGACAGUGGUUUCUGUGAGAAUUACAGGAGGGGGACGUUUACCCCCAAGUUACCAUAUACAGUGCCUUCCGAAAGUAUUCACACCCCUUGACUUGUUACACAUCCUGAAUUCAAAAUUUAUUAAAUAUUUUUUUUCACCCAUCUACAACCAAUACAUCAUAAUGACAAAGUGAAAACAUGUUUUUAGAAAUUUUUGCAAAUGUAUUAAAUGAAAUACAGAAAUGUCUCAUUUACGCAAGUAUUCACACCCCUGAGUUAAUAGUUUGUAGAAGCACCUUUGAUUCUUUCUAGUUAAGUCUCGCUAAGAGCAUUCCUCGCCUGGAUUGUGCAACAUUUCCCCAGUAUUAUUUUCAAAAUUCUUCAAACUCUGUCAAAUUGGUUGUUCAUUGCUAGACAACCAUUGUCAGGUCUUGCCAUAGAUUUUCAAGUAGAUUUAAGUCAAAACUGUAACUCAGCCACUCAGGAUCGUUCUCUGUGUUCUUGGUAAGCAACUCCAUUGUAGAUUUGCCCAUGUGUUUUAGGUUAUUCUCCUGCUGAAAGGUAAAUUCAUCUCCCAGUGUCGGGUGGAAAGCAAACUGAACCAGGUUUUCCUCUAGGAUUUUGCCUGUGCUUAGGUCCAUUCUGUUUCUUUUUUAUCCUGAAAUUCCACAGUCCUUAACAAUUAUGAGCAUGCGCAUAACACGAUGCAGCCACGAUCCCGGGCUGUGUCGCAGCCUGGCCCGACCGGGAGACCCAUAAUUGGCCCAGUGUCGUCCGGAUUAGGGGAGGGUUUGGCCUUGUCCCAUCGCACUCUAGCGACUCCUUGUGGCGGCCGGGCGCAUUGCACGCUGACUUCGGUCGCCAGCUGUACAGUGUUUCCUCCGACACAUUGGUGCGGCUGGCUUCCGGGUUAAGCGAGCGGCGUGUCAAGAAGCCGUGCGGCUUGGCUCUCGACCUUCGCCUCUCCCGAGUCCGUGCGGGAGUUGCAGCGAUGGGACAAGACUGACUACCAAUUGGAUAUCACGAAAUUGGGGAGAAAAAGUGGUAAACAAAACAUGAAGCAGCCACCAUUAUGCUUGAAAAUAUGGAGAGUGGUACUCAGUGAUGUUGUAUUGGAUUUGCCCCAAACAUGACACUUUGCAUUCAGGACAAAAAGUUAAUUGCUUUGCCACAUUUAUUUCAGUAUUGCUUUAGAGCCUUGUUGCAAACAGGAUGCAUGUUUUGGAAUAUUUUUUAUGUACAGGCUUCUUUUCACUGUCAAUUAGGUUAGUAUUAUGGCGUAAAUACAAUGUUGUUGAUCCAUCCUCAGUUUUUUUUCCUAUCACAGCCAUUAAACGCUGUUUUAAAGUCACGAUUGGCUUCAUAGUGAAAUCCCAGAGCGGUUUCUUUCCUAUCCAGCAACUGAGUUAGGAAGAACACCUGUAUAUGUAGUGACUGGGUGUAUUGAUACACCAUUCAAAGUGUAAUUAAUAACUACAUCUUGCUCAAAGGGAUAUUCAGUGUCAGCUUUUUAUUUUAUUUUGACCCAUCUACCAGUAGGUGCCCUUCUUUGCGAGGCAUUGGAAAACCUCCCUGGUCUUUGUGGUUGAAUCUGUGUUUGAAAUUCACUGCCCAACUGAGGGACCUUACAGAACUGUGUGGGGCCCCGUGUAGCUCAGUUGGUAGAGCAUGGCGCUUGCAACGCCAGGGUUGUGGGUUCGUUUCCCACGGGGGCCAGUAUGAAAAAAUGUAUGCACUCACUAACUGUAAGUCACUCUGGAUAAGAGCGUCCGCUAAAUGACUAAAAUGGGGUACAGAGAUGAGUCAGUAAUUCAAAAAUCAUGUUAAAUACUAUUAUUGCACACAGUGAUUCCAUGCAACUUAUGUGGCUUGUUAAGCAAAUUUUUACUCCUGAACUUAUUUAUGCUUGCCAUAAAAUGGGUUGAAUACUUAUUGACUCAAGACAUUUCAGCUUUUCAUUUGUAAUUAAUUUGUAGAAAUUUCAAAAAACAUAAUUCCACUUUGCCAGUGACAAAUAAAUCACCAUUUAAAUGUUCAGGGGUGUGAAUACUUUCUGAAGGCACUGUAAAUAAAUAAAAUAAAACCUUUUUUGGGAAAUAAUACCGCCACCAAAAAGGGCACUUUGGAGACUGAUAGGGCAAACGGGCAUGUGCUCUGGUAGAACCCUAUCUGUGCACAUACCUGCUUUGGUCAGCUGCUUUCUGGUGGUUGAGGUUGGACUGCAAUUCCGAUGACACACAGCAGCUGGUAAUCCCAUCCAUGACUUACAAAUGCCAUACUAUUACCACUUUGUAUUACUCCUUGAGUAGCAAGCUCAAGGCUCAUAUUACCUUUCAUCACUUGUGGUGUUAGAAUUGUCAGGGAACCUCCCCCAAACUAAUCAUUUUAGCCAGCAAUUCACUUUUCACCAUCUAUAUCAGUGGACCAUUAACUAUUUAAGGGCUCAAUUCAAUCUGUAGCACUGAAGAUGGUCCUCUGUAGCUCAGCUGGUAGAGCACAGCGCUUGUAACGCCAAGGUAGUGGGUUCGAUCCCCGGGACCACCCAUACACAAAAAUUUAUGCACGCAUGACUGUAAGUCGCUUUGGAUAAAAGCGUCUGCUAAAUGGCAUAUUAUUAUUAUAUUAUUAAGAUCUGUGCUGUAGUGCAAUUUAAAGGUUAUUUACGAUUGAGCCAACAUACAGUAUACAGCGCUUACAGCGAAUGCAGUUGCCACAAACAUUUCCUUUACAUUUAUAUUGCACUGUGGCGCAGGUCUUCAGUGCCACGGAUUGAAUGAAACCCUAAAUGUAUUUUUAGAUUAAAUGAGCCCAAACUAAACAUUAUAUAAAGGUUGCACAUGGUAUAGUGCUCCAUUGGCUUUCCUUUGCAAAUCGGGAAAACUAAGUCUAAAGUAAAACAACCUGGACAGGACAAACAGAAUCAAAUAAAGAUUAUUUAUUUCCAGUGUUUCUUGAGGGAGGGUGUUGCACCCUUGUUUUGCUGUACACAGGCAAGCUGUUCACUGUCCAGGAAGCAUUGUUUCAUACAGUUUUCAGAGAUGAACAUUUCUCCCAGGUCAUAAGUAACCAUGCUUUUUUACUGCACUUGAAAAAUACAAAGAGAAAAAAAAAUAUAUACAUUGAAAUAUGAACUUAAUAGGACCCAAAAAACAACAAGACCGGAAUGCCUUAGAAUUGGAAGCUUGGAUUUUUGCAUGAUGUUACUUUUUUAAAACAGUAAAAUAAUUGUGUUUCCUUGAUACAAUUAAGUAAUUAAACAAAAUAUUGUGUUUACAAGUGUGGGAAAAAACAUGGCACCCUAUCUAUUCCCAUAAAUCAAUUCAAGAGGCACUUUUUCUUUAAUAAAGAAUCAAACAUGAUUACUAAAGUUUUUAAAAAAUGUGGACUUGAAUUGUACAGAGGGUUCCGAAUACCAAGCGUACCAAGCAUCUAUCAUACAUUACACUACAUUUUUUUUAUUUGAUAAAAACAACCAUAAUUCUGUCCCUCAAGCAAAUAUGUCUGUUAUGAUGCACUGUAAAAAAUAACUCCCCACAGUACACAGCUCAGAAAGCAGCCCUCAGAAAUGAGCAUACUUCAAGUACUGAUUUUUUAAAAAUGUAAUUCUAACAAGCAACUGUGUUAGUCAACAUAAUUAAGAAUAUACAUUGAAAACGUAAUUUCCUUAAAUGUCUACCUCUUGUAGAAUUAGUUAUGUAUUCUUUAGUAAUACUCAAGUUAAUGCAUCACAGUCCAGGCUUUCACGUCCCAUUGAUGUGUGUGCUGUCGAUCACACAAAACCACCUAUGAAUGUUCUUGUAUUACUGGGAUUUGAGCACAAGGAUGGAAGUGAAUUUUUAAUGUCUGUUCCAGUACAAAGUCACCAAGUCAACUAAAGCGAUGACACACAAACAAACCUGUUUAACUUGACUCCAGUUACAUUUCUUAUGAGCCUAUACACAUAUGUACAGUAGAUAUAUAUAUAUACAAAAUAUAUAUAUUUUGUAAAAAAAAAAAAAGAAGUGCAGUAACCCUUGGUAAGGUAUCUUAAUACAUACGUAAACCCGUUCUGUCUUAUCUCAUGCACUCACUCUUGUACACUCAACACACCCUUGCUGUUUCAUAGAUACUGAUAGAAUCGUGAGCGGACGACUUGUGCUCCUGACAGUUUGUGUGGGUGCGCGUCGUCAGCCGCCAGGUUGAGGCUGGCUUUGUUUUUGCCUUGCGGCCCACCUCCGUUCACUUGCUCCCCCACCAUAGGCUGUAGGCCUGGGGAGCCAGAGGGCCUCUCUGGGGUGGUGCCCUGUGCUUGUGCCCUGUUCCCCUCUGGGACAACUUUGGGUGGGGUGUCCAUGCUGAACUCUGACACUCCGGCCCGACAGCGCUCGCGGGCGAUCCAGUCCCGAAUGGAGAAGUCCUGAGAGGAGCACUUUGGCUUGAGGCGGUCCAUGGCUGACAGCUCAGCCGCCUGGUCCACCCCUCCUUGCUCCCUCCAGUCGUUGAUGACGGCCAGUUCUGCAAAGUCCCGCUGGCCCCCCAUGGUGUGCCUACGCCGGAUGUUUUUCUUCUUGCUGCGGGUCUCCGGGGAAGACUGGCUCUUUUGGGCACCCACGCCAAACAUGUCAUCAGCAGAUGUGCGCAGACGGAACUUGAGCCUUUCUGUGAUAUUGAGGUGCAAGGCGGGCUCGGGAGGGCGCUCUGACUCACUGCGGGAGGAAGAGUUGAGGCUGCCGGUAGACCGCCCCUUCUUCAUCACCUCUAAGACACGAGACAGUCGUGUUGACUCCGACCUACCCUCGACGCGUUCCCCGCUGCCAGUCCCACCCUCUAUUGAUGACUCGCUAUCCGUCUUCUGUCGCAGGGACCGCCUCCUGGAGAGUGUGUCACACUCAAUCAGUCUGUGGGACGGAAAGAGGCGACGGGGUUCCAGUUUGGGAGUCGUGCUCCCAUCAGCUGCUGCAGGAUCAGGCUUUUCUGGUCCAUGCCCAGUCUGGUUCUGCACUAAGGCAGGCAUGGUUUGGACAUUUCCACCCCCUGUGGCGAACACAGGGAAGUCGCUCUCGCUGUCAGUCUCCAUGGGCCGGCCUUCACUGAUAAGCUCGCUGCGCUCGUCAUCUGCCUCGUCCCCACCAAGAACCUCUGGACUGAGUGCGCUAGAGUCUGCUGCAGUCAGGAAGGUGAUGGACGAGGUGGUGGAAUAG